CUUCCGCUUCCGGUGGAACUAAGCGGAAACAGCUCGUGGAAGCCUGAGUGGUUCUGGAGGUCCGGUUCUGAUCCUGGAUCCAUCCAGAGGUCCAGUCGGUGCCGUCAGACCCUGAAAGAGGCGAUGGAAGGAGAAGCUCAGGUCUACUCGCCCCUCCCUCCUGGCCUGGAGGGUCGUCUUGGUGUGGAGGGUCAUGCUGUUUCCAGGGCGACCCGCUUUACUGAGGCCUACCUGAGGAACUGCGUUCAGAGGCAGACACGUCUGGACGUCCAGAAGGUUCUGACCCACAAGGCCCUGAUCCUGGACUACAGCCGUCCAAAGAAGGACAGAACCAGGCGGAGCAGCAAGAAGGCCAAAGGACUGAACGCCCGACAGAAGAGGAUGAUGAAGGUCUACCAGAUCAGACCUGAACACCAGAGGUACGAUCUCUUCCUGCCUUUGAACGCACUGUGGACCCAGUACAUCAGGGAGCUCUGUGGUGGACUCAGGCACAGCAGCAGUCCACAGUUUGUGCAGCAGAAGCUUGUGAAGGCGGACUUCCACGGCGCCAUCAUCUCAGUGGUGCGGUCCAAAUGUCCAGCCUACGUUGGAAUCACUGGGAUCCUGAUCCAGGAGUUCAAGCAGGUGUUUAAGAUCAUCACUAAGGAAGACAAAACCAAAGUGAUACCAAAGAGGAACAGUGUUUUUUCUGUGGAGAUCGACGGCUUUGUGUCGCACAUCUAUGGAAACAAGUUGGAGAUGCGGGCCAGCGAACGCUCUGCCAAGAAGUUCAAAGUAAAGGGAACCAUCGACCUGUAGGGACUGUCCUCUGACGGCCCCCUGCUGGACGAACAAAGAACUGCACAAAGCCUGCAGUCUGUGCAGAGCCAACACAAGUCCAGUUACUCAGAUCUGAGUGGGUUCUGCUGAGUUCAGACUGUGGCAGAACACACUUUUCUUUCAGUAGACCUCUGGGAGGUUCUUCUUCUCCUGCUCUGCCAGACGUCCCUUUUGAAAUAAAAGAUCCGUGAUGCAGAAAUGGGCAAUGUGGAGUCAACAAUUCAUCUCCAUGU